UGGGAGCGGGAGCCCCCUGCGCCCGCCGCCAUGUUGCCUGCGUUGCGCCCGCCGCCACCGGCGGCCUCCACCGUGCCCUACACCUACUGCAGCCCUCCACGCGCCGUGCCCGCCCGUCCCAAGUACCGAGCACCGCUGGAGGCCGACGAACCGGUGAAGGAGCCCGCUCGCUGGGCCAACCUGAUGUACGACAGGAGAGUGGUGCGCGGCAACACGUACGCCCGUCAGGCUGUGCCUAUGUGUAUCCAUCAUCCCAAUGCAAUUGAGAUUCAAAGGCAGAGAGAAGCACGGAGGAGAGCAUUGGCUAGAAAGAGAGCAGAAGAGCAAAUACAGCUAAGAACACCUGAGCCUGUGGAAGGCAGAAAGCACAUUCAUGUGCAGACAGAGCUGUAUUUGGAAGAGAUAAGUGACCGGAUAAUAGAGGUUGAUGUGGAGUGUCAAACGGAUGCAUUUUUGGACAGACCUCCCACUCCUUUCUUCGUGCCGGCCAAAACAGGAAGAGAUAUGGCCACACAAAUAGAAGAAGGAGAGCUCUUUGACUUUGACAUUGAAGUCAAGCCUAUCCUGGAAGUGCUGAUUGGGAAAACCGUUGAGCAAGCUUUGCUGGAAGUCAUGGAGGAAGAAGAGCUGGCUGAGCUGUGGGCACAUCAGCGUGCCUAUGCAGAGCUGCGCAAUGCAGAGCUGGCUGAGGUCCAGCGCCUGGAAGAGCAAGACAGGCGAUACAGAGAGGAGAAGGAACGCUGCAAACAGCUGCAGAUGCAAAUGCUGCAGAAAGAGAAAGAGACCAUGGAGAAAAUUGCAGCUCAGGCAUUUGCUAAGCGUUACUUGGCUGAUCUUAUUCCCUCAGUCUUCAACAAUCUUCAUGAGAGUGGGUUUUUCUAUGAUCCUAUAGAAAGAGACAUUGAGACAGAAUUCCUGCCAUGGCUGAUGACAGAAGUGGAAGAAACACUAGAAAAGAAGACUCUGGGAAGGGUGAUGCUUGACUCAUUGAUUCGUACGGUGACUGAAAAACGCUUAGAUGCGUUUAGCCGGAAACCUCUGCCUGAUCAGAUAGAGGCACUUGCUGAGGAGCGCAGGCCAACAGACAAUGCACCACUGGUGGCUGCUGAGACAGAAGCUGCUGACCAAGCAGUCACAGCAGAUGAAGAGACUGACCAACCUGCUGCUGAGGAACAGGCUUCGCGUCACAUCACUUUCCAGUUAGAGGAAGCCGAUCAAGAAGAAAUGGAGGACUCGGAAACUGACUAGCAAGCAGUGCAGAAUGGCGGUUGUGGAGCAGCAGGGGAAGCUCUGUCCCAAGAAGGAUGCCCCGUGACAGGACCAGAAGCCAGGGACAAAAGUUGCAUCGGAGGAAGUGCUCCCUGAACAUGCACAUGCAAGUGCUCUCUGCUCACUGAGUGCUGUGCUCAGCACUUCUGUUGUCAGCAGCAGAGACCCAAGAUAACGGUACAAAAUGGGAAAUCUUAAUGCCAUGAAGUGCCUUCUUUUAAAGCAAAAAACUACGAUCAAUGAAAAAGGGGACAUUUCUGCGGUUCCCGUGAAGUACUGACGACUCAUUACGAUCACAACA